CUCACUACCGGGGGCACUCGCGCGUCCCCGUUCCAGCCUCCGCCCCGGCCCCGCCCGCCCCCGACGGCCCCGGGCCGGGGCGGGCUCUGCCGGCGCUUCCUCCCGGGGCUUGUGGGUGCUCGGGUUCGCCAUGGGGCAGUGCCUGCCCUGCAUGGGGGGCGCCGUCAAGGACGUGGUGGAGACGCCCGACCCGGAAGUAAAAAGAAGACAACUAGCAGAAGCCGCUGAAAAGAGGCAGAUGGAGGCUUCCUCUCGAGGUAUUAAGAAUGUUUACUCUGUAGAGCAGAAGAAAAAGAAACAGGAGGAAAUAGAAAGAAGAAUGGCAGCUUCACGCCCUGGAGGAGAAGGAGGACUGAGAUGGCAGGUUGGAUAACACAUGACUUCUGAAGAGAAGGUGAUUGAUGUUUACUGCCAGUAACUUGUCAGUUUCUGCAGCCAAGUGGCACUUACUCAUCAUGUGGCUUUUGCUGUUUACCUCUGAAGACUCAGCAGUACUUUGCCAUUGUGGGACAAUGGAUGUGGAAACAUUCACAAAGAAACUUAAGAACUAAUUCUGAACACUAUGGUUUUGCCAAUUUAGUUUGUUUUCCAUGCAUGUUUUAUUGCUCCCGUGUCAAUACUUCCUGUCAGCUGGAAGUGGCCUCCUUAUGUGUAGUCAGCCAAUAUGUGUAUACUGUCUGGUCAGUUAUGUCUGUCUGUCUGUGUAUGACUGACUUGAGCAAGCUCAGGUGCCCACGUGUUGGUUUUGAUGCUUAUUUCAAGGUCUACAAUUAAACUUUUCUCCAAGUCCUCAUGUAGAAAGUCUUUCACGUAUGUAUGUAUUUGAAUAUGCAGAUGACAGCAUCUCUUUUCUGUUUCCUAAUGACUCUUGCACUGCUUAGGAAUUUAGUGCCUUUUUGAGAAAGGAAAAGUAGAGUCAUGGCAGGUUCCUUACAAAUGGAAUAAUUUUGUGACUAGUAAAAGAAGAAAUAGAAACCUUUAUAAAUCCUGUGUACUUAGAUCAAGAAUGCCGUUUUAUUAUGUGUGUAAUAAUCGUUCUCGUUUUCUUAUGUGGGUUUCUUUUGAGUCUGUAAGUAUUUAUAAUGAAUACUGAAAGUUAAAACACGAAAUUAAAAAUCC